UGUGCCGAGAGACUGCAAAUAAAGCAGAUGUGUUUGUUGUGCUUUUUUAUGCUAGACUUUCUUUUAUAAAAGCAAACAUUCAGGAUUUAACCUGUGACGUUUUCUUUAGUUCGGCAUUUUUCAGUUACUUUGUUAAGAGUAGUGUUAAUAAAGCAACAUGAAGUUGAAGAAAUUGCAGUCAAUGAAAGAUGAGGACCAUUUUUAUCAUCAGGGUGCUGUGGAGCUAUUGGUCUUUAAUUUUUUGCUCAUCCUCACGAUCCUCACAAUUUGGCUGUUUAAAAAUCACAGAUUCCGCUUUUUGCACGAAACAGGAGGGGCCAUGGUUUAUGGUCUCAUCAUGGGAUUAAUUUUACGGUAUGCCACAGCUCCAUCUGACUUUGAAAUUGGAAAUGUCUAUAGCUGUGAUAAACUCAAGCCUGGCUUACCCACCCUGCUUGUCAACAUCACAAAUCAAGUGUAUGAAUAUCAGUACAGAAGGGAAAUUAGCCAACUUAAUGUCAAUGCACACCAAGGGAACGCAAUGCUGCAAAAGAUGACCUUUGAUCCUUCCAUCUUCUUCAAUGUUCUAUUACCUCCCAUUAUUUUUCAUGCAGGAUACAGUUUAAAAAAGAGACACUUUUUUCGCAAUUUAGGAUCCAUUUUAGCAUAUGCUUUUUUAGGAACAGCUGUCUCUUGUAUUGUAAUAGGGUUGAUAAUGUAUGGCUUUGUAAAGGCUCUGGUGCAUGUCAAUCAGCUGAACUCUGGUGAUUUUCACUUUACUGACUGUUUAUUAUUCGGUUCUUUCAUGUCUGCUACAGAUCCAGUGACAGUCCUAGCUAUUUUUCAUGAACUUCAUGUUGAUACAGAUCUUUAUACUCUCCUUUUUGGAGAAAGUGUCCUUAAUGAUGCUGUGGCUAUAGUUCUCACAUAUUCAAUAUCAAUUUACAGUCCCAAGGAGCAUCCCAACACCUUUGAUGCUGCUGCUUUCUUCCAAUCAGUGGGGAAUUUUUUAGGGAUCUUUGCUGGAUCUUUUUCUAUGGGCUCUGCUUAUGCAAUUGUCACUGCACUAUUGACAAAGUUUACUAAACUGUGUGAGUUCCCCAUGUUGGAAACUGGCUUGUUUUUCCUUUUAUCAUGGAGUGCCUUCUUGUCUGCUGAAGCUGCUGGCCUUACAGGAAUAGUGGCAGUUCUUUUUUGUGGGGUCACACAGGCCCAUUAUACAUACAACAAUCUGUCAGCAGACUCCAAAAUGAGAACUAAACAGUUGUUCGAGUUCAUGAACUUUUUGGCUGAGAAUGUAAUCUUUUGCUAUAUGGGACUAGCACUGUUUACAUUCCAAAAUCAUAUUUUCAAUGCUCUAUUUAUAUUUGGGGCAUUUGUGGCAGUUUUUGUAGCAAGAGCCUGUAACAUAUAUCCAAUAUCAUUCAUUCUGAACCUGGGCCGAAAACAAAAAAUUCCGAGGAACUUUCAACAUAUGAUGAUGUUUUCAGGCCUACGUGGUGCAAUAGCAUUUGCGCUAGCUAUUCGGGACACAGAAUCUCAACCUAAGCAAAUGAUGUUCACAACCACUUUACUAAUUGUCUUCUUCACAGUCUGGGUGUUAGGAGGUGGCACUACAUCAAUGCUUACAUGGCUCCAAAUCAGGGUUGGAAUUGAUACAGAUGAAGAUCAAAGGAUAGAAACUGCUAUUGAGGUUGUAAAUAACUUGGAUAAAAGCACAACCAAAGCAGAAAGCGCUUGGCUGUUCAGAAUAUGGUAUGGUUUUGAUCAUAGAUAUUUAAAGCCGAUCCUCACUCAUGCUGGCCCACCACUUACUACCACUUUACCAGAAUGGUGUAAUCCUGUAGCCAGGUUGCUGACUAGCCCUAGAGCUUAUGAGGAACAACUGAAGGACGAAGAUGGGGAAUUUAUUGUCAAUAAUGAUGAACUGACCCUGAAUUAUGAUGCUUCAGACCACUUUCCUGUGCCAACCCAGAACAGAACAGAGUCAUCUCAUCCUGCUGGUAAAGAAAACAUCUAUGAUGGUGACCUUGGCUUAGGAGGAUAUGAACUCCACUCCAAACCUGCUUCCGGUCAAUCUGAGUUUGCUUCUUCAGCCUGAUGUCCAUUAAAAAAUAUAUGCCACAAA